AUGCACUUUGUGGACUUACCUCCAGAAAUAUGGCACGAGAUAGCUCAGUACCUAUCACCCUCCGCUCUGCAGCACGUACGUGGCGUCAACCGAUACCUCUUCGACCUGGCCAUGGACGCGAGAUACCGCGAUGUGAGGAUUUGGGAGCUGGAUGAUUAUGCUGUCCACGUUCUCGAUGCACUCCAGGAUGUGCGCAAUGCGCAACGCGUCCGUCGCCUGUUGAUAUGCUCGGAUGCGUUUGAGGAAGGUACUCCGUCUUUAGGUUUGAAAGUCAAUUCGGCAAAGGGGCGGUCAAUGCGGUCUACCAUUAUCAACGCUAUGCGAUUGCAACGUCACGCAAAAGAACGUAUUCUAUCACCCCCAAAGUCUGUGCAAGUUGACAGUCACAGUACUAGUAGUACACUAGGCGUAUCUCCCGUCGAAGCUAGAGAGAAGCUUGCGGUUAUCGUGCCGUCCCUAACGAGUCUUACCCACUUCACAGUCGACUGGAGGCUAUACGACAAUGUCUCGGCGCCGUAUAUCGAUCGCAUAUGGACCCUUCACGGUUCUCGGCUUGUGCAUAUUGGAAUUCUAGCAACUACCACAAAAAUGCUGGCAAUGUUUCCUCUACCACCACCACCACUGGGAAACGUCAGAUCUCUGGACGUAGCUAUCCGCAACAAACAAUCAAUGUUGCGCGAGGAGCCACAAAUGGUACAAUCGCAACUUGCUCUAUCCUCAUUUGUGAAUUCUCUAUGUGGCACACUCGAAAAGCUUCAAGUGUCGUGUAUACCAAUGCACGAUCUUUCCUUCUUCUAUGACAAUUUACUCGGUCCUGGAGAUUUUCAGUUACUAUCUACGCUAAACCUGAACGUGACGGCGCCUGUCCAUCUACAACCGCGGGAGUACCGCGCAACAGCAUUGUUACAGCGCAUGGGGCCGGCGAUACGCUCCCUCACGUUAUCGGUGUAUUCGGCCAUUGCACCGUUAGCAUCGUACCAAUUCACAUUUUCGCAUUUGUACCUUGAGAAUCUUGAUUCGUUGACUGUUGCAGCUGAUGUAAUGGCUUUUUCAUGGGAUCAUACGCUGGACUUUUUGAACCGCCAUUCAUCAACGCUUCGGUCGCUGGUCAUCGAUGGUCCCAUAGCUUUAGAGGAGCUCAUCAAGUUAUUGACCGUUGUUAAUCAUAGGACGGGGAAGAGCAAUCUCGCGAAGCUUUCGUUGGCUGUUUAUCAGGUCAACGCGGAGUUCUUUGCGAUACUGGCGUAUGAAUUGUAUCGUCUCGAAAGUCUAUGCCUCCGUAUCAGAAUGAUUACAUCCACUACGACACGGUCGAUCACUCCAAGUCAGUUCUUCCCCAAAGACAUAGGAGGUGAAAAUGAGCACCCUUUUAUUCAGGAGAUGAAACUGCUCAAGGCUCCCUUUGCAGACUGGACUCUGAACGACAUCACCAUCAUCCGCCGAUCAUGUUGCGGGGAGAUUGUCCUAUGGGGUCUUCUCCGUCUUUGCGCGGAGUGUAUUCCCUCUAUACGCAGUUUUGAUGGGAAUGGGCAUUCCUGGUUGAAUAUUGAAUGCCCAUGGCAUUGCCCGUUGACCGUGUCCCUCUGA